UCUCUCUCAACUCCGAACACUACCGUUUGCAUUUCAAAUUCUCAGCUACUUCUCUCUCUUCCGCCAAAUCCCUUCUCAUCCCAAGGUACCAAAACCUCUCUCUCUCUCUCCUCUGAAUUCUGAAAUCUCAAUCCAGAGUGUCUAAAUCACUUCAUCUCUCUCCUUUCUCUUUCCUCUCUAGUACCAAAGUACCCAAAUCUCUCUCUCUCUCUCUCACUCACUCACAUACUGCAGAGCACCUGAAUCACUUGCAUUUCUCUCUCUGUGAUUCCCAACCUCUAGAAAUCGAACAUGGUUGUUUUCCCACCUUCUUACAAAUCCCUCUACACAAGCCCCAGUUACCACCUGUCUCUCCUCUCUGUAAAACAAACCCAUUAAAACCAAGUGCUUAACAUCUCUCCUUUCUCUCUCUACUAUCUCCAAUGGCUGAUUCCAAGAAACCCAACAUGGGUUCUCACCAACCAUCCUACAAAACUCUGUACACAAACCCCCUUAAUGAACUGAAGCAUGAAAACUCCAUUAAUGGCCGAAACCUUGGCCUUCACCUUUGCCGAAAUUCUGUAAUUUCAGGCAAAGAAAACGCAGUUCCAUCCGUUAAUAGAAGCCUUCCAAAGAAGAAGAUUCCGACUGAGAGGUCAAAAAGUUGCCCUAGAAAUGGUUGCAAGCAAAAUGAGUUGGGCAUUUGGGAAGCAAGGGUUUUGAAACCCUCUUCUCUUCAAGUUUGUAUGAAAUUGAAUGAGCGUGAAUCGAGAGUUGGCCAAUUUGGGGAGCGGUUGAUCAAUUCUUUGACACCUGAAACUUCAAUAUAUGAUUGGGAGUAUUCCGAUACAGAGGCUGCUCCUGCUUCUUCAUGGUCCACUCUGCCUAAUAGGUCAUUGCUAUGUCGGCCUCUUCCAAUAGACAUCGGGCGCUGCACUUGCUUUAUAGAGAGGGAACGAUUGCAAGAAUUGAAUGGGGUUUAUGUUUACUCUCUCUACACAAAUGAGGGGCAUGGCCGACAAGAUCGCAAGCUGGCCAUUGCUCUGCAUAGAAGGAGAAGUGGUCGGUCUGAGUUUAUCGUAGCUCAAAACUUUGCAGGAAUUCUCUCUUCUACUGAUGACGGUUUUCUAGGAACAGUAACAGCUAAUCUCAUGGGAUCAAGAUACCACAUAUGGGGCCAGGGGAAACGUCUCGAUUUGCAGAGGAAACAAUUAAAACAGCUUCUGGCCGUCAUUGGAUUCAUCCCAACUGUGACAACCUGGAUGGGAAGAUUUAGAAGCAUGCGUGCAUGGAUCCCAAAACAUCAAUCAAUGCAAUUGAAGAGCACAACUCAGAUUCAGCAUAUUAAUGGACUUCCCAAGAACUGGGAGGAAAAAAGUAGUCGAGCUCAUCAGUUGGUUUCGAAAGUCCCACGCUACAACAAGAACUCCAAGCGAUACGAGCUAGACUUCCGUGAGAGGGGAAGAGCAGGGCUUAAAAUUCAACCCUCCGUGAAGAAUUUCCAACUUACAAUGGAGGAGAAUGGAAGGCAGUCCAUCGUGCUCCUUGGAAAAAUAGGGAAAUCAAAAUAUGUGAUGGAUUAUAGGUUCCCCUUAACAGGUUAUCAGGCAUUCUGCAUUUGUUUGACCUCAAUAGAUUCCAAACUCUGUUGCUUCAUUUGAUACUCCAUUUCGAAUUCAACUUGAAACCUCUCCAUACUUUCCCAUCCUUGUGAUGUUAAAAACAUCUAGUUUUUUAUUUCAUGGAAGGAUGCUUUUGUUAAGAUGUUUUCUGUAUCGAAUUCUUCUUCAAGUGAAAGAAAAUUUUGGCAAAGAAA